CAACAUUCUUGUCACUAGAUAUCCAGUAUAGUAAUGACUGUGUUCUCCUCUACAGAGUGUGUUGAGGGAGCUGUCUAGCCAGAUGUGGUCGGCUACAGAGGGUCGGGCGUCACUACGAGAGGUGACAGUGGCACUACCUCGCGCCUGGCGAACCGACGCUCUUUCCUGCUCCCUCCUCACGCCCCUCAUGGACUCCUCAUCACCUACAGAGGGACAUGUCCGCAUCACGGCACCCCACCCGGUGUUCGGGGCACGACCCUGGACGCAGCAGAGCCAAGGAUGUGGCCGUCAGGGGGACUUUAUCCAGAUGGGCGGGGACCUCCUGCGAGCAGCUAGUAAUGACUCCCACGCCCACGUCGCCCGCCUGUUACUGACAGAGUGGGCAAAGUUCCGAUGGGGGGUGUUCGACGAGAGAGGCCACACCAACGACCCCCUCUACCCGCCCACCUUCCGUGACCCGAACACUCAUCAGUGGGCGGCGACGGGAUGUGCUGACGGGGCCGUCAAGGGCAAUACUUGUGACCCGUCCCAGCCAGGCUGCUCCUUCACACCUGAGCCUUACAACAACAACCACCUCAGCACCUCCCUUCUCGCCUUCCCAGAGCUGCCAACCGUUCGACUGUUCUGUAACGGGACGAACCACAACCGUGUCGCUCCUACAAAGCACAACUCCCUGUGUGGUGGUCGCUCAGCCUGGGAGAUUAUACAACAGACGCCUGACUUUGUUGGUGGACGGAAUUCAGCCAGCAACGGGAGUCGAGGUCUUGAUCCCAUCUUGAGGUUCGUGCAGCAGGCCAGUCCUCGCUACGUGAUCGUCAUCGAGGACACCGCCACCAUGAACCUUCAGCGUCGCUGGGAGUUCCUGCGUAAGGCGAUGCGUCGUGUGGUAGUCUACGACGUACCUGACGGUGCUCACGUUGGUGUGGUCACAUUCCACUCAGUAGCAAGGACUGUUGCGCCUCUCACCUAUAUCGAGAGUGAAGAUUCCGACAUGAGGCAGCGUGUAGGUUCUUCCUUACCUCGUAACCCGUCACCUGUCCCCGAGAGCCACAAGUGUCUGAUCUGCGGUAUGCAGGAGGCCCUCAGGGUUCUGGACGCUGAUGGCAAGAAUGGUGAUGGUUCUAUCUUGAUCCUUAUCACCACUGGGUCAGGUCCGACGCCACAAAGGGAAGUAGAUGAGAUGACUUACCUGGCAAAACAACGGCACUUGAAGGUCGAAGCAGUAUUGUAUCCCUUGACUGAGCGCCGAGGAGCUGCUGCUGCCACACACGGCCUUGAGUCCCUGAUGGCGGCCACACAGGGCUCCAUCCAUACCGUCAUGGACGAAGGUGUUGGCAACGACUCUAAGGUGAAGAUGAUGGUAGCGCUAAUGGACGCCCUCCUGGCAGCUGUACAGAAGAACGCGCCGCCCUCAGCACCAGGAGCCCCCGUGUUAGUCCACAGUGCUGCUUACCCUGGCGGCAUAGCUUCUAUGUCUGCUGGGUCUUUCGCCCUGGACGACUCACUGGGUCCUAACGCUCGUUUCUCAGUCUACUACUACGACCUGAACCACGUGGGUAAUGCUAUCGAGCUCACAGCUCCCUCUGGACAAAAGAUCGCCUCAGUUAAUGUCCAAGAAGAAGACGGUGAUGUAAACAUGAUCUUCAUCAGUCUCGAGAAGGCUGAGCGCGGCUUGUGGACGUACAGCGUGGAGAACCGCGCCGACUCCCACCAGGGCCUGUAUGUGCAGGUGACAUCUAAGCGCAACUCGUCGCUGGGGCUACAGGUGCGCCUCUGGACCAGCUCUGGCUCCCGACCUGUCAACUCCUCUGACCCUUCGACACCGGUGGUGAUCUACGCCGAGGUGAAGGCUAGUGUGGCACCCAUCAUGGACGCCCGAGUGGUGGCCAAAAUCCAGAGGCUCGGCACCAACGCCACAGGCAGCAACUAUCAGCCCAUCUUCUUAGAUCUGUGGGACAACGGCAUUGGCGAUCCAGACGUUACUAAGGGCGACGGUGUGUACUCCCGGUACCUGCCGCCGCUGCCUGGGAACCCCGGCCGCUACCUGCUGAGUGCCGACAUUGACUACAACAGUGGACUGGCUGUGAUAGCUAAGGGGCCUCCGACCCGCCACCACAAGACCAGUUCGUCACACCUACCUCACUACUACCAGCACGGAUACGACAACUGGAAUAGUGCAGAGACGUGUUGUGGCAACGGUCUGCCUCACGUGCACACCCGUCGCGCCGCUCCCUUCCUGCGACACGUCACGUGGGGGGUCCUGGAGGUGGUGUCCCCCCCGUCCGUGAGAGAUAAUGUCCCGCCUUCCCGCAUCCUGGAUCUCCGCGUAGAGGUGAACGACACAGUACACGAGAUAAGUCUCCGCUGGACGGCUCCAGGAGACGACUGGGAUGUUGACAGAGCCCAUCAUUACGAGGCCGUGGUGGCGCCCUUCUGGAGGGAGGCCAGAGCCUUCCAGGGAGAUCGGCUGACAGGUCUGCCACAGCCACUGCCUGCCGGAACUCUCCACACCACCAGCCUCCACUUCACCAGAUACGAGGAGCUGUGGUACGUGACAGUGCGGGCGGUGGACGAGGCUGGCAACAUCGGAGGGAUGGGUAACAUCGCUGCCCUCUGGGUGCCUCGCCCACCCACCACCUACGAGAUCACCACCAGGACACAGCCAGCACUCACUACUUCAGGAAACUACACGAUGCCAUCAGAACUGGGAUCUGGACGACCUGUGGGCAUAACAGAGCUACAGCUGGAGGAUGUGGCGGUGAUCCUGGGCAGCAUCGGCGGCUUCCUGUUGGUGGUGGCGGCUCUUGUGUCCUAUUGUUACUGUCACACUACCAAAAGACGCAAGCAGAAGCACGAAAAGGACGUCGAGAAGGUGCAGGGCAGCGGCAGUGUUAUGGUCAAGUCAAGGUCACUGGGCAUUGAGGAGGGCGGAGGGAGCCACGAGUCGCUGGAUAGUGUGGUGAAGGACGCACCUGAGCCUACAAGAGACGGCAGGCCUCUCUCUCCCGUCCAGUCAUGGGGUGCCACCACUCUGUUGCAGGAACACGAAAGGCGACUGUCAGUACACAGCGGGGCUACCGAGGAUGGUGUAGUGGCCUACCAGGUGGACGGCGCUCCUCUUCACGCCCGUUUCCCGGAUGUGACCGUGACGGACUACCGGCCAGUGCCCAACGGAGGCGGCGGUGAGCCCCCUGUAUACGUGCCCUGCCCGCACGAGGAGGCCCCCUGCCAGUGCGCCGUCCCGGGACCCGACUACACCAGCUACGCCGCCACCUGGGACGAGCCUCUAACAGGCCAUCUCCUGUCCCGCGCCCGCACCGCUGCCCCAACCCCUGCACCCCACCAGCCCCACCUCCCACAGGCUGACCGCAAGCGUCGCAACGUCACCCAGGUGUAAGAAAAUAAUAUAACCGCGGGUAUGUGGUACUACAGGUAUCGUAAAGGUGCCAAGAGGCUCAGGUGUGAGGUGCUCCCUGCUCAAUUUAGCCCAUACAUAUAAAACAAUAUUCUUCGUAUUCUGAUGACACCACAAGUUAUCGCAGUGUUCAAAAGAUAAUCGUCGAAUUCUUCCAUAAUAUGGAACCAGGUCGAUGGGUGACGUGAACCUCAGUGCGGGAACAGUUGUGCUCAGAUUGUUUACAGGUGUGUGGUGAACACUGCUAACUAACAACACUUUGUACUGAUUCUUGGUGACUGAAGGAUGUUGUUUGGCCAGGAAUAUGCCGCUUUAACAAUAUGUAACUUUCCUCAAGUGUUUAAGUGUUUCAAAUAUAGACAUGACGAUUUUAAGCACUUUAUACAUUAGAAGGACGAAAAUCAAUGAUUUUAAGAUUAUAACAUGAUGGACAAAAAGACAUAAAUAUGAUGAAUACGAAGUAGAGAAAAUCUGCUUCAAUUGCUCUUGCUAUUAAGAGAACUUUGUCGAGUGUUUAAGUUGAUAUAAAUGAUCUCAAUUGCAUUAACAUAUACUCGUAAUUUCGGCUUUUGUUUGAAUGUCGGACGCCUGAAUUGCUUCAGUUCUGGAUGAAUCGUGUCAAGAACGAAUGCGAGGGACCAAUAUAUUAUGUAUUCUGCAGUGUUUUGAGACGAACUUUAUAUAUCCAAUUUUUAUGAUCAUCUUCAUUUAAAAAGCGCAUAUCAUUACUCAUGUAAUAUACUGGACAAACUCUCAAAAUAUGUGUAGGUUUAACGAUUAAUGUGAUACAUGUGUACAUAAGUCAAUGUGAUUAGCUUUCUUAAGUGUGUCUUUCUAUGGCCAAAAUUUUUUUUUCUAAAACUAUAUUUCUUUAUC